ACGAAAACAACUUUCGUUAUCUGUUAAAAUUAACAUCUGACAGAUUAAAAAUGGGAAUGUGUUUAUUGACGAUCAGCAAUUGACGUUAUACCUGGAACCAGUUGAGUCCUUCAAUUAAUUUUUUUGACGAAAGGCGUAGAGUAAAUUGUGGACAUAAAUAAAUAUAAAUAAAGAUUACAUUAAUUAUUUAUGCAGCAAUAUCAUAAUUGCUUUAGCAAAAUGGAGAAAAUUAUUUAGUUUGGUUGAAAAAAAAUAGAAUAAGCAUGUGGAAAUAUGUAACUCGUCGAUUCAGGGAUACCUUUGAGAGAAGCGCUAAUCACUUUGAUAAACGAAGUUCUGCGGUAAUCAAUCCACCAAAUAAUAAUUUAACUGAAGACAAAAAUAAAAAUUCACCUUGUUGUUUUUUUAUUUCCAAAAAAUGUUGGAAUUCUUUUCAAAGUGAAAAUGAUACUAACAGCAACAGAUGGAACUUCGAACAAUUAAACCGUACUUGGAUUGGUGCCAUUACAUGGAGCAGUGCACUUGUGUUUGGGUGGUACACAAGUCAGCUUAUUCACCUCAAAUUUAAGAAACAGUCUAAUGAUAAGACACAAAGCAUACCCAGAAAUAAUGGCAUCUUAGAAUUAUCGCCAAUUUUUAAUACUUUUUCCAAAAAAACUCUUAAUCCACUAGAUUUAACAGUUCAAUUAAAUAAAUCUGUUGAUCCCAUACAACCUACAGUUCAUUUUAUAUCAAAUGAACACAUUGAACAAAAUGAUAAAGGUAGAAGCAGUAGCAGUGGAAGCAAUAUUACUGGAACUUUAGAGACAUCUGAUAAUGACUUAGGAGAAGUCCUAAAUUCUAUUGAAAACAGACUUGGUUUAGCAGCUAUUGAAAAUGGACAACCACAAGACGGAUUAAACUUGCUCCGAUCAGCUGCAAAUCGAAACCAUGCACCUGCUAUAUAUAAUCUAGCUCUUUGUUAUGAACUGGGUUUGGGUGUGGAUGUCAAUGAGAAGAUAGCAAUGGAAUAUUACCGAUCUGCAGCUGCCUUACAACAUCCGGGUGCUCUUUAUAAUCUUGGGAUAUACUAUGGACAAGGGCGCGGUGGUCUUUCUCGUGAUGACGUAACAGCCAUAAGGUUGUUACGACUUGCAGCAGUACAAGGCCAGCAGGAUGCCAUAACAGCGUUGAAGUCUUUAAAAGAAGACUCUUCCGACAUCGAUAUAUCACCUGAAAAUAAUUUAAGCUCUUGGAGCAAGCAGUUUUCACAACUUACAAAACAUUCAAAUAUUAUUCCAACCCAUUCUGCCCUAUUUGUUGAGAAUGUAGAUCUUUUGCAGAAAAACAACUACAUCUAUGAACCGAUUGUUUACUAAUUUUUUUUUUAUAUUCAUUAAUUUAAUUGGUGGUAGUUAUUCUUUUGCUUAACAUUUUCUUUAUGUUUAUGUUUUUGCAUUAAAUGUAAUGUUACUGAAACUAAAGCAAGUCAUUGUUAACUGGAUUACUUUUACAUUGAAUAUUUUUGAUUUAAUAAAAAAAUUGUGUUAAUUUAAUGAAAAUUAAUGUUUGGGUUGUCAUUAGCUAGCUAUGAGUUUGUUAAACAUACUAAAAUCUCUAAUAUAAGCUUUAAGUUAGUCGAAAAUUACUCGAGAUUUAAUUUCACCUAUAUUUUUCAAAAUUGUAUUUAUACGAGACUUCAUUUUAACGACGAAUUAUCAAAUGAAAACAAAAUGUGAAAAAAAAAUUACAAAUCUAAUUUGUUUUUAUGACAGUGGUGCAAGAUUCGAAUUAAAGAUUAUCAAUUUAGUUUUACCAUGA